AGGGAGACAACUCGAAACAAGUAUGGCGGCGUCCUGUGCGCCUGGUUUGGUGAUCGGUCAGCGGCGGCGACCAGCAUGAGACGAUGGCCCAGGCGGCCGAUCUUUCUGGGGGCAGCUGCUGCAAGCCCAUUCUGUGGGCCUUCAUGCUGGCUCUCACCUACGUGGGCAGCCUCUACAUCUGGAGGACCAAGGAACACAGGGACCACCCAUCCACGAUCAAGAAGAGAUUCGUGAGCGUGUUUGCAAUCAUCUGCAUCUCCCCGCUCUUCGUGGUAUUCGGGGCAGACUUGGCCUACUUUAAAAAGGGCAUGACCAUUCCGGCCCUGCUGGGAUUGCGCCUGGAGGGUCUCGCGCAAGCCGUGCUCUUGCCCUUGGUCCUGACGAUGGUCCUCUUUACCGGGCCGCUAGUCCUACACUACUUCGACGGCAUCUGGAGUCUGUACAUAGGCAAGUCCUCGCCCUCCGCGGUCUGCAAACCGUCGGCGUGUCCGAGCUGCCACGACCCUUGUCUUGCAGAGCCACGCUACUGGUACUCCAAUCUUAAGAACCUCAUCUGGCUAAGGAACCACAUUGUGGCUCCCUUGUCGGAGGAGUUCACGUUCCGUGCCUGCAUGCUGCCUCUGCUGGUGCCUUGCCUGGGCCAGCGGGCGGCCAUCUUGAUCUGCCCCCUCUUCUUCGGCGUGGCCCAUUUCCACCACCUGACUGAGAAGCUUGCCAGGACGUCCAGCGUCAAGUUAGCUGUGAUGCGAUCGGUGUUCCAGUUUGGGUACACAACCAUCUUUGGUGCCUACUCUGUCUACCUGUUUCUCAGGACAGGACACUUUGUGGCUCCGUUCGUGGCUCACGCCUUCUGCAACCACAUGGGGUUCCCCGACAUGUCGGAGGUGUUCGGCUACAAGCAGCCCCGUCUGUCCCUGUUACUCCUGGCGUUCCUCGGUGGCCUGGUGGCGUGGGCCUCCUUGCUGGAGCCACUCACCCAACCGGACAUCUACCAUAAUAGCCUGUACGCCUCGUGACAGCACCAUUCACGACGUUGAAGGGCAGUCAGCAGUGAGAUCAAAUAUGGCGCCUCUCCUUGUCAGCGGCUCUCCCUAGCUGCUGAAGUCUCGCUCCAGAAUUAGGCCUCGGUUGAAGCGACGAUUGCGGCCCACCUGACGGUUUCUUGAGAGAGAGCUUCUUCAUAAUGUUGCCCAGUUGUGAAUGCAUCACGUCUGUGUGCCUGGGGCAACCUUGGGGGUUCCUUCGAAAUUGCUGUGGCCUAUGGGAACUUGUUCUAUGUGAUUGUUGUCUUGCGGGCUGUGGUUGCUCGAGUAAUAGAAUCUUGAUGUUGCAGCUUGUUUGUUUAUAGUUCUGUCUGGGUUUCGAGGCCUCAUUGAAAAACACCGUACGCAUCCCUACAGCACAUAUCCUGUAAUACCAUUUGAAAGAACCAUAUGAUAUAUAUGCAUUUUCCUCAGUGAAGAACACACGGGCCAUGGUGACCUAACAUACCCUGUCAGAUGGCAUAUAAAUGACUUUAUUUUUUUCUGCCUGUUUUUCAUCAUCUUCAAAUUAUCAAUAUUUUAUUGAAAAGAAAUGGGACACACAGCCCCUACAAAUUUUUUUUUGUGUGUUUUACGUGUAUAAAGUAAGGGCAAUCUUAUAAAAUCACAUAAAACUGCGAGGUCUGGUGGCAAAACUGUUUCAUUUAAAGACUUUUCUUCAUAUGGGCACUUCGUAGGGUAUUAUGGGAGGCAGGUCGUACGGGUGCAUAUGGUUUUCUCGGUAGGUGGGCCCGGCUAGAGAGUAGCUCAGCGUGAAGUUGGUAAUCCCAAUAAUGCCACCAAGGAAAGCUGCAAGAGGGGUAAAGUAUAGAAAACUGGAAUAAACCUGCAGUUUUGACAAGUGGAGCUCACUAAGUGCUUGGAGAGGCAGUAGGACAGGAUUAAGGGUAAAGGGAGGAAUGGGAGAGUCUUAGCAGAGCUCUAGCACAGGCUACCAUGGGCACGGUAGUGCUCAGGGCGCACGCUUGAGGGCAUGCCGUGAAAUUGCAGUGUGAUCCCCCGGUAGCAAUGCCGCUUGGGUGGGAUAGUGCUAUGCCGAAACCCCACAGUCAUCUCGGUAAUGGAGACCCCCUUAGUAUGGAUACCCCACUAUGUGGAAAACAUAUUCGGGGACAAAAUGGGUAAAUACGUGCACUGUUGUCUUGCUAUUAUGAGCAACUUGCAUUAUGAAUGCUGUGGGGGGGGGGGGGGGGGGGGAGGGAAGGGGGGUAGUAAUGGAGGUGUAAAUAUUAACGAGACAUCCCUGUAUUGACUCGAACGACCCCAGCACAUGGGCCCAUGGCCAUCUCCCGCUGGUCGAGUGGUUACUUGGGCUGGAGCUCUGGAUUUGGAGAAAUGAAUGAACAUUAAGGCUAGUUCAGACAUUUGUGAUCGACUGUGACAUUUGUCAUUUGUGACACUUGUGAUCAACUGUGAGGCUAGAGCUCUGGGUUCGAAGAAAUGAAGGAACGUUGAGGCUAGUUCAGACAUCUGUGAUCGACUGCGACAUUUGUCAUUUGUGGCACUUGUGAUCAACCGUGUUAUGACUCUUUGCGUUCCAAUACGACACCCUGCAUGAACCUGCAUCGUCGUAGCAACCAUCUGGUCGUAAGCAGUCACGACAGGUCAUAACUCGGUCGGUCAAGCUCUAGCACAAAUCUCUGAACCAGCCUAUGGGGUGCGGGAAGAAACACCACUAUGGCUGCGUCGUUGAUACUUGUCAUCUAAUUCACCUUAAGGCAUCCGCAAGAAAGCGUGACAGCACAUCUGUGAUUCAGAUAGACCAUACCGGAUCCUUGCACGGAAGAAUGGAGUUGAACCACGCAGGGGAAUUUAAACGAUAUACACUAGUAGGACAGUUGCAGAAUGUUUAUCGGAUGUCCCUCUGGUGUAUGUGGCCAACUGUAUAGCUCUUCUAAAACCGCAAGCUUCGCGUUGUGAACACACAAACCUUGUAAGAGGUGUUAAUUUUGUCAGUUAAUUUCGUGUGGUUCUUCUGUAUUGCCGCAGAAAGACUAGCUUUAAAGGACAUAUGCAAAGGUAAAAUUCUUUCUUAAACAGCCUGCAUGGAAAAAGGUAGUCAUAAAAUGAAUUUACAACGUAAGAAAAAAUAUUUUAGAGUAUGUUUAUGGUACGAAACAAAUCUGUAGCGGGAGUCCUCAGAAAAGUGGCUGCUAGCAGUCACGUGACUGUGCACUUGCGCUUUUUUGAGAGCUUCCUAUGGGCUCUAAAGUUUACUUAAUAAUCUUCAGUUGUUUUUUUUGUGCACUUAUAACAAAGACUAAUAACUAACUUUUAGAGCUCAUAAGAAGCUCCCGAAAGAGCGGAAGCACCGCUGACUAGUGGCUGGUCACAUGACUGCUAGUCGCCACUUCUCAGCAAGCUCCCACGGGCACCAACUACAAAUUCCUUUUUUUCUUUUCGUUGUAAAUUUAUUUUAUGGCAUUCUUUUUCCAUCCAGACUUUAAAAAAAAUUUUGCGUCGGGAGUUUUCUGACAUUUUCAAUAUUUAUUUGGUAGUGACUUCCUACGAGAGGAAUUGGCGCACUCUUCAUAGAUGAUUUUUUUUAGUUUGCAGUUCAAAGUCGUGGACGAGAAAUUUGGGCUUAAACUGCACUCGUGCUCUUGUGGCACGAGACAUAAACACCUUACCCAUGCUUGGCGCUUCAACUGCUGCACAAUGUGUCCCCAAAAAAGGUUUAUGGUCUUUUUUUUUUCCACCGCAACAAUAAACUAUGGAUCACCCGAAGCUCAGUCUCCGCCCAAACGUAGCGAUAGCAGCCCGAACAAGAUGCCAAGGUUUCAUAGCUGGCCAUUAUCCAAUUAAAAAAUUGUAAAUCCAUUUUCGGAAAUUUUUGAUAAGAGAUGAAUGAAGUAAGCUGCCCAUUUUUCCAGUGGAAGAUUAAGAAAAUCACUCGUAACUUUUGAAUAAGGUAACAACAAGCCCAUAACUAUUGGGCAUAGUCUCGUCCGGACCAGUGCCACCUUUGGGAGGAGAAUGGGCGUCGGGUGGGGGUAUCGGUGGCCGACCGUGCACCAUAACUCGGAGCGCGUAUAGCGAAAGAUCGCGCUGCAGAACUCGGGGAUCCUGGCUUCAAUCCUCAGCCCUUUACGUUUCAAUCUGCAUGAGAAUCGCACUGGCGUGCGGUCGUGCAUCACUACUGCGUGGUGCGCAUCAACGACCCCAGGCUAGGAGCAGCGGCAUUGGAGAGUUUUAGUGGAUCAUUCUGAUGGCUCCGAUAACAAAACCCGAUACUCCCCCACCGCCUUUGUGCGUGUAUCGUAUCGUUAUCGGAGGUAUCGGAACGAUCUGCUGAAACUUUCUACUGCAACGACUAAAUUUCUCAACUUACAGCGCAUGCCAGUGUGGCCGUACGUACCUCAAAGGCAGACCAACCUUACGCCGUCUAACCAUAAAUGUCAAAUGUGGUUUAGGUUUGCGGACACUGGGCAAUGCAUAAUUUCUUUUUGCGGUGAAAAAAAUGUUUUUUUUUUCUUUUUGGGAACAUUUCUGUGAUCUUGAACGAGUGGACUCAAAACGUGGUCUGUUGGCGUUAUUUGAGUUCCGAGCAUUCAUCUAAACCAGAAGCCACGUUGCCUUUUAACACCUUUGCUCGUGAGUGCGUGCAAUUAUUUAUUUGUGCGGAGCAGAGUCAUGGUUGUGCGAUGCGGUAACUUUUUUUUUUUUUUUUUUUUGUGUGUCGGACCCCGCCGCUUUGUUGGGGAAGAUGUGCCAUGGACGAACUCUGAGAAACUAAGGAAUAGAGCCGUGCCAUUGUGCACCCAGGUCAAACUCCCUGUUUUCCCCUGCUUAGAAGUUUGUCUUCUCUUGGCAUACUAGUUCUUUUUCAAUGUCCAAGAACCCAUACUCGAUAUUUUCACACCUGUAUAUGCCCAAAAUACCCCUUUCUUUUUUUUUUUCUUUUUUAUUUCACCCAAAACUUUACGUGUUCAGAGCGCAUGAAUAAAUAUUUAUUUGCCGAGU